AAAUACGAAGAGGACGUAUACUACCAAUCGGUGCUAAAUAUAAAGUUUUUUUUUGCAAUAUAUGCAAAUACUUAGCAACGACCGUAUCUGGAUUUGUCCAGCGAAGAACAUGGUGAAGAUUCAUCCUGAUCAAGCAUUACCGGUGGACUCCAGCGCCGGAGAAGACAAGAGUUCGCUGUACAUGACGACGGAGCAAAAGAGUUUCACGAUUUGGAUGAGAUCUCUUGUGUUCCAUACCAAAGGCUGCACGGUUUUUGAUUCCAAAGGGAACUUAAUCUAUCGAGUGGAUAAUUAUGAUUCCAAGAGUUGCAGUGAAGUUUACCUUAUGGAUUUAUACGGAGAAAUCUUGUAUACAUUACGUCAAAAGAAACUGGGAUUAUUCAAAUCUCUGGAAGGAUAUAACUCAACGGGAACAAGAUUUCGACUAAGAAAGAAUUUCAAGAUUUCGCCAAGUGGUUCGUCUUCGUCUUACAAAGUUGUAAUGGGAUCGAGCCGAGAUGAUACACAACAAUCUUGUUACAAGAUUGUAAACCGCGGUUCGGUUUUCACGGUCGAGGAUGGAUCGGGAAGAUUAGUGGCGGAAGUUAAAAAGAAGCAAUCGAAUAUUAACGGUUUGGAUUAUGGAGAAGACGUUUUGACGAUGAUGGUGGAGCCAGAAGUGGACCACUCUUUCAUAAUGGGUAUCGUUAUAGCUUAUAGUCUUCUGAAAUGUAAAUUGUAGGGGUGAAACUGAAUUAUUUUGUAAGUUUAGGGUAGUAAAUGCGAAUAUACAAAUAUUCAGGUAGCGAUGUGAUAUUAUUAUUGUUAAUUAUGUUUUCAGAUGAGUUAAAACGUCAUUACAAGCAUAAACCCCCAAAAUCUCUUUGCUUCAAAUUGUGAUUUCGAAGAUUUGACACAAAAAUGUGGAGAAGAUCGACUUCGUUCGUGCUCGAUAAACAUCAGAACAAUACACCCAUCUCUCUUACUCCGUCGAUCGAUUCCCCUCCUCCACCAUCUGCUUCAAUGGCGGAUGAAAACCCUAACCCUAAUCCUAUUUCGGCUUACUACCAAACCCGAGCGGCGCACCACGGGAUCGUGACCAGCGAUUGGCUGGAACAGGCGCAAGCCGCCGUUCGUCGCUACCCGGACAAGGAUUACUCGGUUUCUCCCGUCGCGGGAAGACCCUUCAGCGUGAUUGAGGAAUUUAACAGCUGGAGGCAGCAGCCCGAUUUGGCGGAGGCUGUUGCGGCGAUUCGUGCCCUUGCGGCGGUUAUUAGGGCUAGCGAAGCGACUACUAUGAUGGAACUCGAAAUCGAACUCAAGAAAGCUUCUGAUUCCUUGAAAUCGUGGGACACAACUUCGAUAUCUUUAACAGCAGGAUGUGAUCUGUUCAUGCGUUACGUGACUCGAACAUCUGCCUUAGAAUUUGAGGAUUUCAACUCAGCGAAGUCCCGUGUGCUUGAACGCGCCGAGAAGUUUGGGGAAAUAUCUUGCAAGGCACGAAAGAUCAUUGCAAUGCUUAGUCAAGAUUUCAUAUUUGAUGGCUGUACGAUACUGGUCCAUGGAUUCUCCAGAGUUGUGUUCGAAAUAUUAAAGACAGCAGCUCAAAACAAGAAACUCUUUCGAGUUCUGUGCACAGAGGGAAGGCCAGAUAAAACAGGAGUACUGCUAGCUAACGAGCUUGCGAAGCUUGAUGUUCCGGUGAAGCUUCUGAUUGAUUCGGCCGUGGCCUAUAGCAUGGAUGAAGUAGACAUGGUGUUUUUUGGAGCCGACGGAGUUGUUGAAAGUGGCGGGGUGAUUAACAUGAUGGGUACUUACCAAAUCGCACUCGUCGCACACAGUAUGAACAAACCAGUCUAUGUAGCUGCAGAGAGUUACAAGUUUGCACGACUCUACCCGUUGGAUCAAAAGGACUUGGAACCGGCCUUGCGACCUAUUGAUUUCGAUGUUCCUGUUCCUCCAAAGGUUGAGGUAGAAAGAUCUGCGAGAGACUACACUCCUCCUCAGUACUUGACUCUGCUCUUCACUGAUCUUGGUGUUCUCACUCCAUCUGUAGUAAGUGAUGAGCUAAUUCAGCUUUACUUGUAACUAAAGCUGUCUUCUUCUUAUUCAGCCUAAAAGCUUGUCUGAAAAACUUUCAUUUCUUUGUAUAAAAAUAAAAUAAAAAACAACAUUGCUAACACAGACAUAGAUUCUCUGUUUGUACUGCUUAUGCAGAAGGUUUUGGUGGGAGAGAGAGUGUGACUUGUAAAAUUUACUCAUAAUUUCGCUCUCAGGUCUUAAUAGUAUAAUAUUCUAUAAUUAUGAUUUUA